AUGGCUCGUGCACGUGCGUCGUCGAAGCCUCGCAAAUCUCGUGGUUCGGAGAACCUCACGUCCCUUUCUGAAGAGGUCCUUCGCCUCCGCUUACAGGCGCUAAAUCUUCCCAUUACUGGAAGCAAAGCUGUUUUAGUCCGCCGGUUCAAAGCCGCGACACAUCCUUGGAAAGGUAUUACAUCUUGGCCAUCCAAAACCCAAGCCUUAGCUAGGGCUAACACCAGUACCCGUUCCACAAGGCGAGCCACAUCUGCACGCCAUGAGCAGCCGGAACCUGCGACCGUUCAAGCCCCUAAGGCUGUUUUAUCGGGUGAAGACUCCGAGGAAGAGCCAAUGGAGACCUACUCCGGCCUUGAUGAUCCUUUGGUGGAGGACUUCGAGGAGGCAAAGCAUAACACAGGAAAUUCCUUUACCCCUGCUCAGCUAGCCACCAUAGAGAGCACGGUGCAAUCCUCUGUGGAUCACGCGCUUAAGAGUUUUUCCAUCUCAGGGAAUCCCCCUUUCAUGGGCGCCACACCUCCUUACAGUGGCACACAGCCUCGGCGAGCCGGAACAGCAACUCCCCUGGUCUUGCAUCGUCCGUUAGACAGGAGUUUGGAAGACAAAAUCUUACUGGCCCAUACCCCAAACAGAGUGAGUGUCCGUCAGCCGACCACUCGCGUCUCCAGCCUAAAGGACCCGUGUGCUUCAAGUUCAACCGAUCAAGUGGCUGUACCGCACGUUCCUGUCCCUUCCCGUACCUGUGCCGCCACUGACGUUCCGCCAACCACUCUAUCUACAGCCGGGCCCGCCAGUAUCUCAAAGGACAGAUCAAAGCCCCACCGGAGUUCCAGCUCCCGCGACUGUGGCAAACGAUAA